CAGAAGAAGAAGAAGGUGCUGGCUCCUCUGUCUGUUUUUAGCAUGAGGAUCAUAGACUGUUUUUAAAAUGAAGACACAUGAACCUGUGUCAGUGCCUCGUAACACUGGUCAGUUGACUGAAGCGUCUCACUCCUGACAAACCAGUGGUAGUCACUGACCUGUGAGCAGCAGCUGCACGUAGCACAGCUCCUGGGGACUGUAGGAAGUGGGAGCUAAGCUAACCAUGCUAAUUGAGCAGUGACUGACAGGAGGAGACAGGAAGGACAAACCGUAUCCGCAGGAUCUUCGGUUCAUUGUCCCGAGUCACGUGUCAUCACUGUAUGUGGACAGAGUGAAGGAGCAUCUCAGGACACAGGAACUAAAGUCAAUUAAAUCAGGAUUAACACGUGAGGUUCAGGGCUCAUUCCUGCCUCAGGCACGCCGGCACCUACGAACUCUCACACUUCAGCAUGGUGAAGACAGCGAAGAUGGAGCAGCUGAGAGCGCUCAUCACUGAGUGUUUGUCAGCAGCUGCAGAGGAGAUCUUCAAGAUCGCAGAAAGAACCAUCGUAGCGUAUGAAGAGGAAAUUUCUUGUUCAAAGUGGGUGGUGGACAACCACUGCAGUCUGCUGGAUGUUGCCAACUCACAUAGCAAAGACUACCUCCAGAUGUCUGCCACUGAUGUGAAGCUGCAGUGUGCCCAGCCGCAGCCUCCUGCCAGUAUCACUGUGAGGUGGGAGGAACCAGUCUACACCUGGUCGGAGCCAACAGAGAACAACACACAACAACACACUUCUCCUGAUGAUGAAAAAGAUCAAUGUGAUCCGGAGAUUCUGAUCGAUAUUGAUGAAGAUGAUGAUAUAAAGCAGGAGUGUGACCCAGACAUGCAUUUGAAGGAGAAGAAACUUUUUAAAUGUCCCAUUUGCUUCAGUAGUUUUUCUUCCAAAAAGACGAUGGUACGACACGUCAAGAAGCAUCCAGAGUCCAAACCUUACAAGUGCCAGUACUGUGAUAAAAGCUUUGAGCACAGGGACGGUCUGUUCAUUCACAGACAGAAACACAGUGAGGAGAAACCAUACCGGUGUUUGAGUGAAAAGUCGGAAGCAGAAGCCCAGCUCAAAUUCAGGACACCUGUGAGUAAGACGGAGGAAAAGCCAGAGCUGAGAAGUGUUGAAUCAAACGUGAAGACAUUCCCACUAACUAUCACUCCUUAUGAUAGAAGUGAGUUUGAGCAGGAAUCUCUGCAGCCGCUGUGUCUGUAUCAAAUCCAGACUGUCGCUGACAUAGAUAAAGAAUUCUCAGCUGCACUCCCAGUGGAUCACAUUAAAACCGAGCCAACUGGAGCUCAUGAUGGAGUAUCAGGCACCAACACUGAUAAGCGGCUGCUCCUUUCGGUGAACCCCGGUGAGCAGAGUGAUGUUGGGACAGAGCCCAACCAUCUCAGGAUAAAGCUUUCCUCGCCCAGGAGACUUACAGGAAAAUCUACCGAGCUCAUGAUGCAGUUUGAAGCAGGAACAGCACAGAAACCCUACAAGUGUCCUUGUUGCACCAAAUGUUUCUCCUUGACGAAGACUUUAAUAAGACACGUAAGGAUCCACACAGAGGAAAAACCUUAUCAGUGCCAAUUUUGUGGGCGAAACUUCUGUCAGAAGUCUGAUCUUGUCAACCAUACAAGGAUACACACAGGGGAGAGACCCUAUCGGUGCCAUGAAUGUAACAAAUCCUUUGCUCAGAAAGGCAACCUGGUGGUCCACAUGAGGAAACAUGCAGUGUCAGUGCCAAAAGUGCCGCUGUAACUUUAGUCAGAGGUUACUACACAGAACAACAUCUUGGCAGAAUGUGGCUGGGUAUAAACCUCAAUUUUUUUGUGGAACCACCAAAAAGCAAUGAGGGUUAAUCUGGGAUUUACGAGGCAUUUGUUUUCAAUGACGUUGUGGGGGUUGGGCUUGGGUGUGUUGUUUUCCCCAGACAAUACAGUGCACUGUUUCUAAAGCUGCUUUCAGACGUGCACUGAACUCCGGAGAUCCUCCGGACGUUCUCUGGAGGGGCUGUAUGUGAGAACGCUAAUGUCCUAGUGAAAGUCUCUGGACGUUCUCCGGCCAACCCCCAAUCAUAAAGUCUGCAGAAAGUACAGAGGAGCUGAUGUGAAACACCAAGAGAGAGUGGGUGUUAGAGGUGUGGACAUUUUCCGAUUCUUAGAUGCAUCGCGAUGCGGACGUGCAGACAACAAUGCAGAGACAGAACAUAAUCAAUUCAUGUUUUUUGCUCAGUCAUUGUUUUAGUUGUUUUCCACCUCUGCAUAAUUAUAACAGCGCUGCUUCAUGAUCAGGACCGACACAUAAGUCCAGUUGUCCCGUCUCUGUGUCUCUGUUGGAGUCUGCCUCCUCAUCACUCCUCCUCUGACCUGCGCUCACUUUACACUUCAACAUAAAGACCAUCACUGACCACAAGUUAUUAGGAAACGUAAAGGACUGACGGUUACACUUGAGAUUGUUUGAUUCUCUCUAGAGUUUAUGAGAAGCAUGUUUAAACCUGCGACACAACACAAGACGUAACGUGAUGCUCACAGUCAGGACAUCAGGUUUAAAGUGAGCCAAACGAUCCGGAGUCAUCAUCCGAUUUUUUUUUAAUUGAAAACCUUAUUUUGUAAAUUACAGCACAAUUGUAAUUGCAGUCUGUAAUACUUUUUAAAGCACUUUCUAAAUAAAAACAGAGUUCAUGUUUGUCUGA